ACAGGUACUCCCCUCAUUCCCUUUUAUAAGACAUUUUGACGGACCAAUUGAGCCCACGUAAACGUUCUAUAAAAGAAAUCAGAGGAAGUACCUAUCAAGCCACAUAAAUUCAUCUCAAUUUCAAACAAGCAUUAGGUAAUUAAAAAGAUGGUGUGCCAUGAAUUGGAUGACAAGAAGAGAUACCAUUCGGUAAAUUGGCAAUUUGUGUGCUUGCCUAAGGAUUGUGGAGCCCUAGAUGUGCUUACCUAUCAAUAAAGAAGUGUUUGUUGUGCAAAUUGCUCUGGAAACUUGAGAAUACUGAAGGAUUGUGGAGCCCUAGAUGUUGUGCAAAUUGGCAAUACCUCAUUUCAAUUUUUGUAAGGAAUCAGGCCCUCUCCCAGUCUGCAGCAGGAAAUAGGAGCUUGAUGGGAUUGAAUCGUAAUUUUCAACAGUUUUCCAAAUGGUUCAUGAACAAUGAGUUCCGUCGCCGCCCGUCAGAAGGAAGAGUUGGAACGCGUCUCCACCGCUAUCCACCUGACCGAGGGCGUGGACGUGCGCAAGCUCCCCCUGUGCGGCCGCGCUGGCGGGCGUCUCCAAACUGCCUCGCUCUACCGCCUGUGCAACUACGGAGGCGUGCUGGACGAGCACCACGACUUCGUGUGGCUCAGCUGUGCUCCCUCCAAAGUCAAAUUCUUCGGGUGGCUGCUGGUCAAAAACCGCAUCCAAUGCAGGGCAAACCUCCUGCGGAAAGGGAUCAUUGCUCUCGCCGACAGCGGCUGCCCCAUCUGCCCCGCCUCGUCUGAAACGGCUGGCCACAUCCUCUUCGGCUGCCCCUUCGCCCAAAACUUCUGGUCCGCCAUUGGUGUAGCUCCCGACCCUGCUCUUGACGCUUCGGCUGCUGGCACAUGUGUGCUGCCUGCAACUGCGCGUCCCCGGACGGCCUCGACGCUACGCCUCCUCUGCGUGUGGCACCUGUGAAAACACAGAACCGAUGUGGUCUUCAACGGGCUGACGCCGUCCCUUCGCCUCGUCCUUAAAGGUGUCGGGAUGAUGCCGUGCUUUGGCGCGCGCGGCUGCCGCUUGUUUGCCGCGACGACGUCGAUCUCUAGCUCACCUUCCUCCUCCCCGAGCGACCAUAGUUAACCCCGGUGUGUGUGUUGUGUGUUUUGAGCUCUCCCCCUUGGCGCUGGGGGAUGUCUCCCUCUUCCCCCGUGUACUACUGCUCAAACUGGGGCCUUCGCCCAAUCUUGCGAUGAACUGAAGGAAUACAAAAAUAUUCAGGUGGGAGCUUUUGCUCCUCCCGGUGAACCCUCAAAAAAAAAAGUGAGCAGAGUUAAGGAAGAAUGCUGGGGAUAUAUUAGAUUCAGAAGAACGUUGUGGGGAGAAAUAACAGGCAGUGGUAGAGUCUGAAAGUUUUGGUUGAUGCGAUUAAGUUAACAGAGUCCUGCCUGGGUUCUUAGGGGGAGGCCCGCCUUCUAUGGCAACCUCAUGGGUUCUCAGGGGGAGGCCCGCCUGUUCGCUCUCCACCCGGAGCUUUGGCCAGUGGGGAAGAGAGUCUCGGAUAAGGAGAAUGAUGCCCUUCGCCUAACUUUCACCGCGGAGGAGCUUGACAAGGUGCUAGAGAGCAUGAAACCUGAUUCGGCACCUGGGUCGGAUGGGCUUCCGGUGACUUUCUUCAAAAGGUUUUGGCGAACCUUGAAGGGAACGGUGCUGCAAAUUCUGAACAACUUUGCCUUAGGGAGGGUGGAUGUUGCUCGUCUCAACUACGGCAUCCUUUCGCUUAUCCCUAAGGUCAGAGGAGCGGAUCAGAUCAAGCUAUUUAGACCUAUUACGCUGAUUAACGUUAUCUUUAAGUUCAUUGUGAAGGCCAUUGCGAUACGCUUAGCCCCGAUUGCCCAUAGAACCAUUGACCGCAGUCAGACUGCUUUUAUCAAGGGCAGGAACCUGCAUGAAGGGGUUAUUGCGCUUCAUGAGAUUGCCCAUGAACUGAAGGUGAAGAAGCUGGGGGCUUACUUCUCAAGCUGAAUUUCGAGAAAGCGUAAGAUAGAGUGGAUUGGGACUUCCUUAGGGAGGUCUUGUUGAGAAAGGGAUUCUCGGCCUGAAUGACCCAUCGUCUAAUGCAGCUGGUGUUUGGGGGACAGACGACAUUUAACGUGAAUGGGGAGGUGGGUACUUACUUCAGGAAUGCUCGAGGGGUCAGACAGGGGACCCGCUCUCGCCAAUCCUAUUUGAUUUUCUUGUUGACUCCUUGGCGGCGAUUAUUGAUAAGGCCAAGGAGACGGGGCAU